AUGUCGGCCGUGCCAGCCUGGAAGCGAUUGGGCCUGAAGCUCAAGGGAGCCAACUCGGAUGGAAGCCCUGCUGCCACCGUCUCGCAACCCACGACCACGACCACUUCUGCACCUCCUGCAGGUCGCUUCACACACCAGCAGCGUCCCAACUUCAAUGCAGCCGGCCAGUACGGAACACCGGCCUUCAAUAAGAGGAAGCAGUUCCCGUCUGGCUCGUAUCCUGCAUCAGACAACAAGCGCCCGAGGUGGGACGAUUCCGAUUUCACGCCCUCCAAGAAGUCUGUCUCCUUCUCGCAGGAUACCAAAAAGGCCGCUCCCAAGAAGCCAAAGCCAGCCAAGAAGAAGAAGAAGGCUUCAAAACCACAGCCGGAACCACAAACUCAUGACCUCACACCCUCCCUCGAGUACCUCAGGACAUGGCACAAAGCCCGCGAGGCCUGGAAGUUUAACAAGAACCACCAGACCUUGUUGUUGAAGUACAUGUACAAGGCGGAGGCGCUGCCGGCUGCCGACAUUGACGCGUUUUACCUCUACAUCAACGACAUAAAAGGAGGCUCAAGGGCCAGACUGCUAGAGCAAGCCGAGGAGGUGAGAAAGAAGGAUAUGGAGGCUGGCCCUAAGGCAUUUCCAGAGGGUACCAAGGGCGGGGAAGAGAAACAAGGGCAAUAUGAGGAGCUGCUGGCCGACCUCUUGAAGGCGAAGGCCGAGGUGGAGGAUGGUGGCAGCUCUAACGGAGCACCAAAAAGAAGUUUUGACGAGGUAGAAUUCACCUUGCGCACGGUCGAUAAGGAUGUCCAGCAGCGUCUUGUGAAGCGCAUGCGGGCAGAAAUGGUCAUCGACACGCUCAAGUCCUCAGACAGCGAGAACGAUGCCGCAAUACCUUCAGCCAGUACUACCAACGCGGCGUCUUCCAGGGUCAGGAUACCUGUCGGCAAUGGUGCUGACGCAAAAGCAAACGGCGCCGAUGGCACGAAACAGAAGACGAAGAGAAGAAAGAAGCUGCGAACGGCCGACACCGACAGCAGCAGUUCUGAAUCGGAGUCAUCUUCGGAUUCAGACAGUGACUCUAGUUCUGGGGAUUCCGACGCUGAAGUCGAUGAUGCCAGUGAUAGUAGUUCAUCGUCCUCGGAGUCUAGUUCGGAUGAGGAGUCGGAAGUUGCCAAUGGUCACGACGAUGCCGAAAGCUCGUCCUCGAGCAGCUCCUCUUCUUCAGAGUCGGAGUCUGAGGAUGCUUCGGCGGCCUCAAGCGCUGGAGCAGCCGUUGCAACGGACGACGAUACAUCGGGCAGCGAUGGUGACAGUGAGAGCAGCGACAGCGAUGAUGACGCUUAG